AUGCGUUUCACCACCGUUGCUGCUUUCCUCGGCGCCGUCGCCACCGCCACCGCCGCCACCACCGAGACCGUCACGGUCAAGGACCUCUCCAUCCGCGACAACGAGGGCAUCCAGAGCGCCUCGUUCAAGCUCGCCGAGGCCAACGUCGAGUGCUCUGACGACGGCACCGAGCUGAAGGGCGACGGUGUUGCCGCCUGCGGCGAGACCAAGUACCGCUUCGGCCUCACCGGCGCCAACAGCCAGUACAAGUUGACCGUCUACAAGGAGCUCGGCACCGCUUUCGGUAUCAUGGGCACCGUCGAUGUCCAGCCUUACUGCCACGCUGGCGGCAACGGCGCCAACGACUUCGUCUGCACCCAGGUCUCCGACAUCACCGUCACCCUUGCUUAA